AGUGGAUAGAUGACGCUCUAGAACGGGACGACAUGUCCGCGGGGUUCGAUCUCCGCGAAACAGACACCGGAACUUGACUACAGGCAUUGUCGUCAGUCGGUUCGCAUCAUCACCUGGUCACGCUCACCGCCGACUACAGCCAGUGUCAAUAACAAGUGUUGUGACAACUAGUUUGAAAAAAGAAGCAGACAAAUUGCGCGCGCGAUCUGUCUUUCAUCCCCUCCCCUCCUCGCUCACUCCCUUCCUUGCCCUUCCUCCCACCCUGUUCCGCUCGCUCGCACACAGGUACACACCUUCCCUCUCUCUCGCUCGCCAAUGCUCUAUUUCGAAUCCCCAUUUGUUUUUCCAUAAGCUGCGGGCGCGCAACACGCGAGUGUAGACCUCAGUCUUCUGUGUGCCCUUUCCUUCGCUAUACUUUGAUUUCGUUGUUCGAUGUGUCUCGCCAGUGUUUGUAAAUAACGAUGGUGUAAUUGAUGUGCGCGAGCCGCGUUACCGAAAGGAGGUUCUAGCCGUAUCCCGAAUGCAACGCGAGUGUACCCGUGCACACACAGAACCGUGGCGCACACGGAUCUAUGAGAAGGAAUCGCUGUAGAGGGGUGUGGUACGCGAUAGAGCAGCACCCGACCAGUUUCAAUCGUUUUCUCGUCUCCCUUUCCUGUCUGCUAGCCUCUUUCCUCGUGGAUCUAUCCUCCCCACCGCGCGUGUCGUGUCUCUGUCCUCGUCUCAUCGGCGGUGCCCGUCUCCGUGGAAAAUAUGAUUGGCAUAGAAGCAUCAGCGGCGUCGUCGUCGUCGUCGCGGUUGGUGCCGGUGGUGGUACUGGUCGUGGUGCUGGUGCUGCUGCCAAUGGUGUAGCGCGGGUGUGCGCGCGCGGUGCUGUCUCGGCAGCAUACAGUGCAGACGGCGGCUUUAGACUUGGCGGAAGAAGGGCCGUGAGCUCGGCCGUGCUCCGAUGGCCUGAUAUACACUACGGGACGCGUAUAUGAAGCUACACUGCCGUGACCCGUCGAUGUGCGUGCGGGGGUGACUGGAGUGAUGGGAUGGGGCCAGAGCCCCAUGGAGUUCGGGUAGACCCGUCUCCGGCCCAGCUCCCCAGCCCCCUCCGCCAUCGAUAUCGCCACAGCUCCUGCCAGCGUCGCAGAGGGUCGCCUCGAUCGCGAUGGAGGCCUCUAGCAAUCAACAACAGAAGGAGAAGGAGCCACGUGUCCACAGGCCUUGCGCCUUCGAUAAGAUGGAGGGGCUGGUGCGGGAGAUGCAAGACCCUCAGAACGGGGUACCCGUGCGCAGCCAAAAACAAUUUCUCACCUCAAUCCCCUCAGCUUUCAUGGGUUACGACCUCAUCGAGUGGCUGAUGGAGCGGCUUUCCAUCGAGGAAUCAGAGGCGGUCCAUAUUGCCAAUCAACUCUGCCAGUACGGCUACUUCUUCCCGGUAAACGACUCCAAGACACUCGUCGUAAAGGAUGAUAGUUCUUUGUAUAGAUUUCAGACACCAUACUAUUGGCCAUGGCAAGAUAGAACCCCUGACAAUGUGGAGUAUGCUAUUUAUCUAGUUAAGAGAAGUUUAAGAAAUAAGCAACGCCAUGGCCUCGAAGAUUACGAGAUGGAAGCUUUAAACAGCUUACGUAGGAACUUGCAAAACAAGUGGGACAUCAUUCAAUUUCAGGCUGAGGAACAGACCCAGGUACGAGUAUUGAAGGAGCGAAAAAAGGGGGAUAAGAUAGUGAGCGAUUCUCAGGAGCGAGCCUUUUGGAGAGUGUAUAGACCACCUCCUUGGUGUCUCAGUAGUCUCGAAAUAGCACCUGUACCUACGCGUUUUCGUCCUGGACUUUCACGUCCUCCAUCACGCAAACGCACCUUAACCGAUCUGCAACGCGAGGUGGCCCUUUUGAAGAACAGCUUAACACGCACAAGAAUAAAGGUUUCGGCUGCGAUCGAAAAUUUUAAGUCAUAUUUUGAAACGUACGUGGAAUACGAUCCAAUGUUUAUACAGCCGCAACCAUCCAACCCGUGGAUCACCGACGAUCAAACAUUUUGGCAACUGAACAGUUCUGUAGUGGAAGUUCCGACGGAAAAACGUGUAAAGCGGUGGGCACUAUCGAUGGAGGAGUUGAUGUCUGAUCCCACAGGUUUGCAAGAAUUCACAAACUAUUUAAGAAAAGAAUAUAGUCAUGAAAACAUACGAUUUUGGUUGGCGGUUAAAGAUUUAAGGCAUAGUUACCAAGCACAAAUACAUGAUAAAGUCAACGAAAUCUUCAGAGAAUUCCUGGCACCUGGAGCUCCUUGCGAAAUAAACAUAGACGCAAAGACGAUCGAGAAAGUCCAUCAAGAAAUUAAAAAUCCAAGCCGAUUUUCAUUCGAUUCCGCUGCUGAGCACGUGUACACGCUACUUUUGAAGAAGGAUUGCUAUCCUAGAUUUAUUCGUUCCGAUCAGUAUCGGAAUCUCUUAGCUGCCGGCGUGCAACCUUUGCAAAAGAAGAGAUUUUUUGGCUUCGGCGGACAAGCCAAAAAGAAAGUUUCUUCAACUUCGACUCCAACGCCUAGUACUUUGCAACAACACGCUGUAGGUAGUAUAAGCGGCGGUAAACGUAGAGGAAGCGAUCGAAGUCUUUCCGGAUCUGCCCAUGAACUAGCCAUCUGUGGUGUCCGAGAUACCUCGUCAACGCCUAGGGUGCCGCACUCUCACAGUCAGUCGAAUCUCACCGACAUACCAUACAGGGAUGUUGGUACACCGGAAGCGACGGCUCCCCCUAUGGACGACGUUUGUCCGUGGGACGCGGCCCCAGGUCCCAGUGUAGAACACGCCGCGGGUUCCACGGGUCUGCAACAACAGACGUCAUCUGGAGCACCAUUGGUUGAAGGCCAACCUGAAGAGACCGGUAACAACUUGAUCGGACACCCGCAAUCUGUCGAAAUAGUGCGCACGUCGCGUAAGAAUUCGACGCAGGUGGAUUCCUGCAGUUCCUCAUCCGAUGUCAGUGUAGUAAUAACAGAGGUCUCUGAACACUUUCGAAAGUCUUGCAGCGUACAAUACACCGGUAGUUCAGGAACGGUGGAACGAAGCAGCGGUGGACCCGGCACGAUAACACGAAACUACUCGGUCAGCUCGACCAGCAGAAGAGUGAAGCUAGCGGAGAUUGGUCGGCCAACGGCUUCUUUCUGUAACUAUCCGUCACCGCAACAAUCGUUUGAGUGUUCUCACGUGGCAACCGAUAAACCGGAUACGUCUGCGACUGGAAAACCCGUAACCGAUCGUAACGAGGAGCCCGAAAGCAUUAUUACCAAGUUGAGAGUCUCGUCGUUUGAGAGGGAAUUGACGACGAGACCUUCGACGAGGGCUCCUUUGAUAAGUAUAAACGCAAUCGUGGGGGAUCUGAUGAGCGACGUCUCGACGGUUGAAACUAUGGAAAGAGCAGAGGAUGAUUGCGCGACAGUGGUAGAAUCCGAAGGUACGGAAAGCGCUGCCAAAAGGGGUGAGCCGGACCCUGAUAAUAGUGAUUCUGUGAUCACCGCCGAGAAGGACUUGGCAACCCCGGCUCAAGCAGAGACAGAAAUCGUGGAGCUGCUGGAAGAGGCACAGGUUGUUCCCGUUUGGAAGCCGGAUACUCAACAGAACGACCAAACAGCGCCUGUCACUCAACCAGAGCAUCAGGAAAAGCGUGACAAUAACGUUAACGAAGUAUGCCCGUGGGAAGACGAGGAAAACUGUAGAGUGGAUGCACCUUAUGUAAAAACCUACGCGACUUUAGGUUACUUGUAACUUGGCGUUAAUAUUAAACUUACAUUUUACACUUAAACAUUCAGAAGUUCAAUUUCGAUUUUACUAUACUAAGUUCGAGUGCCCGAGCUACCACCGUGGACACGUUUUACAAUUGUUUACGUUCCUUGAAUUCAUUUGUAUGAAGAGAAAGGCUAUUGGAUCGCUGACAUUGCUCGACGUGGAACAGAAAAGUCACUUACAAUUCGAGAUAAAAUCAAAUUAGGGGUACCUCGUGAGCGUGAGUUUGAGACACGGUUGUUUCACUGUACAUCAGUAAAAUUCCAUUUUACGUAUUUUCUUCUGAUAAAGGAAACAUCAAAGGUCCUCGAUCGAUGAACAUUCGGUGGAGCCGUUUCCGCGCGUAGAUUUAGUGAACAGUAGCCGUGCAACGUGUAUUAGAUUAACGUGUUUACGAUGACGCUGUUAGACAACGUGUUAAAGAGGAAAAAAGAAAGCAAGUAGAACCAUGUCUGUCUAUCUAACCGAACAAUGAAAUUUAAUCGACGAUAUCCGAAGGUAUUUCUCGGUUUAGUUGACGCAAUAGACAGUUUCGACGACGAAGCCUGUGUUCAUGCGAUGGUAUUAGAUGCAAAUAUACGCUCUGCGGGUGCUCGUCAAAUAUGAGCCCAUUGACCGCCCUCGCUGAUCGCGAAUUUCUUUAAUACCAAUCGCAAAAGCAAAAGUAACAUUUAUUCUUGGAUAAAUCCGCUCUGACACCAGAAAAUUAAAUUCAAAACGUUUUUAGUUAUUGAUACAAAAAUUAACGAGAUCCUACUUGAGUUCCAUUACUCGACGAUGUAACAAAAAUGUUAAAUUAACCGUUAAACGUGCAUAAAUGGUUUUAGACCACCGUUCGUAGCUGGAUCGCUUUAUUGUCGUGACGUUUGAUCAUUGGAUACACUAUAAGUAUCUAUUCGUAAGUAUUUAGCGCAACGUUAAGACUUGCUUAAGGCCUGAACAUACAACAUACAGGCCUGUGUUAAGCUUAAGUGAUACAGAAAAUAAUAAUAAAUAAAAAAAAAAUGAAAAGAAAAAAAAACAGGAAACGCAUCCGUUCGAUUUCGAUGGUAGAAAUUCAAUGUGUAACCUCGUUAUAACUCGCUGUUCGUAAUUAUAUAAAGGUAAAUUUAAAAAAGGAAAAUCAUGAAAAAAGAAGAAAAGAACGUAAUGGUAACGAAUUCGUCUAUUGAACCCCCUGAAGUAUCAAAAUACACUUAUUCGAGACACGGUGGAUUCUGGGUGCUGUUACUGCCCUAGUACCCAGAACCCUUUAAUUAUCGAUCAAAUAUACCUUGAUGAAAUUAUAAAUAAAAAGUUGACCGUAUGGGUUCAUCUAUCUUCUCCCUCGUUAGAGAAUUUAUUCAAACGCUUGUUAAACGUAACAGCAACGUCUCGUUGUACUUUAAGAAUUAGGGAACUAUAUUCACGCAUCCGUUCGUCUAGGUAAUUAUGUUUAAAUAUUUCGCGACACGCGAAAGAAAGUACGAUAAACGUAUCGAGCAGUCGCGUGUAUUCCUAUAUAAAGUAAAAUAACUGUGUUUCAUAACAUAGCUUGUUAACGAAAGUUAUCGAUAGGAUUUACGAUUAUCCUGAUCGAGACUCGAACGAUGAUUGCCCAGAGGAAUUAAAGUGAAUGGACGACACAUGUUUUAUGGGUAUUGGGUACUUUAUUAGAGGACGUUUGAUCGAAAUAAAAAUGAUAUUUAAUUCGUUAGUGUUUCGAUAGCGAGGAAAAAAUUUUAUUCUGGUAUUUCGACUCAUUAUUUCUUAUACAUACGAUACUUAUUAUUUGGAAGCUCCCCAAAGUAAAGAAUCGCAUCUGCAAUUUAUUUGGUUUUGAUAGUUUGUUAAAAGAUAUUUGAUUGAAAUCGUUGAAACGUUAUUUAGUUAUUAAUAUCUUAACACGUUGACGGCACCAAGAUGAGAGCAAAUUUUAUUUUGCUAUUUCGACUCAUGUUAUUGUACGGAGUCAACUCAUUGGUUGCACCCCUAUUCCUAGAGCUCCAUCUUAAAAUCUUCUUUCAUACAUCAACCUCUUAAGUUGUUUAGUUACCUAUCGAGAAGUCCUGUUAGCCUGAUGGUCGGUUAAAUGAAUAUUUCGUUACUCGAAGCGAGAUUCCUCGUGUUGAUUUCGUCUUGGUGCGAUGAAAAAUUGCGAUAUUUUUAAGAAGAGUUAGUUUAUAAACGGCAGCAAAAGUAGUUCUUGUAACGCGGUUCGGGCACUCGAGGCUAGUCCUAAGAAAUUUCAAAGUACUCACGACGAACUUACUGUUAAUUCGGGAGCUCAACUUAAUUAUUAUAAACAUUCUUAUUGUAGAUAGGCAGUUGGUAAUAAAAUGAAGAUGACAAAUAUAUUACAGUUUCUAAGGAGAUGCGUACGAGUACGGUUGUAGACGUUGAGAUUAUUCAGUUAACUGUGACGCAUUAGCGAUGAUAGUUUUGUCGUAAGACUAGAUCUUAUUUACGAGCUGCGAUGAUUCGUGAACCGGAGAUGAUCUAUUCAGUUACGUUAAUACAUGAAAUCCCGCUCGAUAAACCACGUGACGAUUACCCACGAAUGAGCAUCGAAAUAAAUCAAAAAAAUACUAUUUUCGUUCUCAGUUUUUAUAGACACUUAUAUACACGUACGAUAUAUCUACGGAUUGUUUCUUGAAGACCUUGUUAUAUCGCACAAGGGACAGUCGAGGGGAUCGCUGAACGUCCUGAAUCCUUUGCCAUUUUUUCAUUUCGUUCAAUUAAUAACGUGCUUUUUUUCUUAAUGUAGAUGCAGUCCCAUAAGUAAUCGUACCCCCCUAUAUCUAUCGAACAAAUUUGAAUUAGAUGAUAGGAUUGAUGUUUUCAAAUAAAUGUUUCAUUAUAAAUAUGUACAUAAUUAAACCCUAGACUUGUAUAUAUUUAGAAUGAAAAAUUUGUUUGGAUGCAUUAAACCUAUCAUUUAAUUUCGAUCAAUUUCUUCAAUUGACAUGGAGAGUACGAAUACUCGUGGAACUGGUUGUAUAUUAAAUAAAAAAAAUAACGAAGUAUGUAUGUAUUAGCUAUACAUACAAUAAUACUUAUAAUUAUAAGUGUUCACAAACGAUGAAAAAUGCUCAGAGACACCCGAUUGGAAAACGCAAAUAUCGGUUCCAUCGAUCUCUUACUCUUAAACAGCUUGUUUUUCGAUCUUGAAACCUAUCGUUUUGAUGGACGGAAUUAUUAUUUCCUCGUACGGUAUGGAAACACGAUUCCUUGACUAUUCACGUCUUCCAAGCCUUUGAAGGAAAACAAACGAAAUAGUUGUCAACCAAUGGCGCUAUUAUUUUUCUAAACUUAAUUGUGUAAGCUGUAAUUUCUCGAUGUAGAACAUUCUUGAAAGAUGGCUCCAUACAAGUAAUCAACACUGUAAUAAUUAAAUUUGCAAAACUAACGAAAGAUUCAUUAACUUCGUUUUUUAACACUCGAGUGCUUUUCUCCUCGUUUAGUUUUCUUUGGCCUGAAUAAUUAUACGACGUUACAAUUAGAUACAGACGAGCCAUAUUUACCACCGAAAGACUGAAAGUGUAUCUAAAAACCCCAACGAAAAUAUCCAUACGAGGCUCCUAACGAAAGAUUUUCGACAGACAACUAAUUUCUAAGAACAUAAUUAAGUCGUGUCGGCGGUAGAGUGGGUAAUCGAUUUAUGACACCAGCGAUCCUGUACGUCCCAUGAUAUUUUAUCUGCAUUUCAUAUUAGAUAAAUCCAUCGACAGGUUGCUUUCACGUGUGCGCUAAAAUUUAUAUAUCUAGCGGAUUAAAGUUAAGAAAUUAGAAGAUUUAAGUCAUCUAUGAAGGAGUCUGCAGGAAAGAAUCGACUUGGCUAAUAGGAAAUAAUGAUCAUUUUACGAUAUCAUGAUUAUUAACUCUAGACUUACGAUCAUUUUGACCCAUUCCAAAUUUCACAAUGCUCACUUUUAUCCGUACGAAGAAACAAGCACGUAUCCAAAUUCAUUUUUGUCUAUGGCUCUUAAUUAAUUUUACGAAAUCGACUUCACUUAUUAAAGCAUUACAUCAGUAAUAGAACUCUGAUAAGAAAUAUGCCGAAUAAUAUUGGAUAAUAAAAAUAUUGUUCGAAUUAAGUGAUACGUUCGAUAUUUCCAAACAAAUGUUUCAUUAUAAAUAUAUACAUGGAUAAACUUUACACGAGUAUGAAUUAAAAAUGAUAAUAUUUGGAAGCACGAAAGCCUAUCAUUUAAUUUGGAUAAAUUUUUUCAACAGACAAGUGUAAUACAGGGUGCGGCAGAAAUAACUCCCACAUUUUAAAAAACGAUUUUUAUUUCUUAAAUCUAGAUAUAAAAAAUUUUUUUUUACUUUAUGUUUUAAAAAUUAUGUCGUCCAAAUGGUGGCCUUUACGAGCGACACACAUUUGGAUAUCAUCUGCAAAAUUUCGCGCUAACGACACCCUGUAUGGACCGUAGCUCGGCGGAUUUAAGUCUAUGUGACUUUUUUCUGUGGGGAUACCUCAAGGCCGAGGUUUUCAAACAUCGUCCUUGGUCGUUGAAUUAAAGGAGGCCAUCCAAGAGGAAAUUGAAAGAAUUUCCUCCGAAAUGCUAGCGAGAGUGAUGGAAAACUUUCAAGAACGACUCCAAAUGUGUAUCGCUCGUAAAGGUCACCAUUUGAACGACAUAAUUUUUAAAACAUAAAGUAAAAAAACUUUUUUAUAUCUAGAUUUAAGAAAUAAAAAGUUUCUGGUGGUAUCUCGUACCACAUUUCUUCAAUCGUUUUUUAAAAUGUGGGAGUUAUUUCUGCCGCACCCUGUAUAUAUAACAUUUAAUUUCAUUUAUUACUUACACAUCAAUUCAAGUCUAAUGCCAGUCUCAGUUUCAUCGAUGGCUAUUAAAUUACAAUAGCACCCAAUCUACGAAGACUGUAGAAUUAAAGUAGUUCAAGAAAGGAAAGUUCCAAAUCGAUUCUUCCCCUAAUUCCACCAUAGCGUAAAAGCUUUUAUCGUACGAUAAUUUAUCCAGAAAUCAACUCUAUUCGAAUACAAUUGGUUUGCUUCGAUCGAACUCGCGAGGGAUUGAUAAAACGGAAGGAAAGAAUAUAACAUUAAAAAAAAAAAAAAAAAAAAAAAA